ACCUGCCAGAAAUCCAGAUCUAUUGAAAAAAAAAAUAGACCAGAAAUCCAGAACCCAGUUUCAGAUCACAGACUCACAUUACAAAAACUUCUAAAUUUCUAAAUGCACUACUCCACUUCUGAUCUCCACACAUUCGAAGAGUUAAUGAGCUUCAGUGGACGUCAACAUUCUUGAUUUUCUACUUUCUUCUGGUUCCUCUUCUUCUUCUCUCUCUCCCUCCCCUUUGUAGGAUCAUCAGAUUCAAUGUACUGUACUAACUACAGUUCAAACUGUGUGAGCCUUUGCGGGUUAGGAUGAUAUUCCCCCUCAGUUUCUGAGGCAUUGGUUUCUUUAGCAAUAUCGUUACAGAAAGGACCCCUCUUCUUAUGUUUCUUUAAUUCUUUUGGAUUGCAAGGUCUGCUUAGGCUAUGAAUCUUUGAACUACCCGAUUGAUCAUUAGUUUCUUUCUUCUUUUUCUUCAAGGGUUUUCACAUUCAUAUACCUUCCAUUUCUGGCACAUUUCUUUCUCUCCUUCAUUGAAGGGAUAAUUAUCCAUAUUUACUAGUUUGUUUUCUCCACAUUAUAUAUAUGCCAAGACCAGAAGAUCUCUUUCAGGAACUUCUGCCAAAGCCUCAAGUUGGACUUUUUAAAGUUAAUUUUUGACAGGGUAUUCUGUAAACGAUGACAACCAGAUUCUUCUGUCUGGGUUUUUCCUUUGUCUGUCUUGUUGUAGCUUGUGCUGGUAUUGAGGGCUUGAAUUUAUGGCCAGUGCCCAAAUCAGUGAGCCAUGGGAGCCAAACUCUCUAUAUGAACAAGGACUUCGGACUGAUAUUUGAGGGAAGCAAGUAUACUGAUGCUUCUGGCAUACUGAAAGAUGGGUUUUCAAGAUUUCUUGAGGUUGUUGAAGCAGGUCAUGUUAUUGAUGAUAAUUCAACCCACUUGGACCAUUCCUCACUGCUUCAAGGAUUGAAUGUGGUUAUUUCUUCUUCUGAUGAUGAGUUACAAUUUGGGGUUGAUGAGUCCUACAAAUUGUCUAUUGCUGCAACCGGAAGUCCAAGAUAUGUGCAUCUUGAGGCACAAACAGUUUAUGGUGCUCUUUAUGGGUUGCAGACACUUAGCCAACUUGGCCAUUUCAAUUUUACCACAAGAAUGAUUGAAGUUCACCAUAUCCCAAUCACUAUUAUUGAUGAGCCAAGAUUCUUCUAUCGAGGACUUCUAAUUGAUACUUCUCGACAUUAUCAAUCUCUGCCAAUGAUGAAGAAUGCCAUUGAUGCAAUGGCCUACUCUAAGUUGAAUGUGCUACAUUGGCAUAUUGUAGACUCACAAUCUUUCCCUUUGGAAAUACCAUCAUAUCCAAAUCUAUGGAAUGGUGCCUUUUCUCUUUCAGAACGAUAUACAAUGGCUGAUGCUGCAGAAAUUGUGAAUUAUGCUGAAAGAAGGGGGAUUAAUGUAUUGGCUGAAAUUGAUGUACCAGGACAUGCUUUAUCAUGGGGGACUGGCUAUCCUUCUUUAUGGCCAUCAAGGGACUGUCCGGAGCCUCUUGAUGUUAGCAAUGAGUUCACUUUCAAAGUAAUAGAUGGGAUUCUUUCAGAUUUCAGAAAGGUAUUUAAAUUCAGAUUUGUUCACUUGGGAGGCGACGAAGUCAACACAAGUUGCUGGACAACAACUCCCCAUGUAAUGAAAUGGUUAAGAAAGCAUAACCUGAAUGAAUCUGAAGCAUAUCAGUACUUUGUCUUGCGAACUCAGAAAAUAGCAAUAUCCCAUGGAUAUGAAAUUAUUAACUGGGAGGAGACCUUCAACAACUUUGGUAAAAAACUGAGCCCAAAGACGGUGGUCCACAACUGGCUAGGAGGUGGUGUGGCUCAGAAAGUGGUUGCAGCAGGUCUGAGGUGCAUUGUCAGCAACCAGGACAAAUGGUACUUGGACCACUUGGAUACGACAUGGCAGGAGUUUUAUAUGAAUGAGCCACUCACAAAUAUCACAAACCCCAUGCAGCAGAAAUUAGUUAUUGGUGGUGAGGUUUGCAUGUGGGGUGAACACGUUGAUGGGUCAGAUCUUGAGCAAACCAUAUGGCCACGAGCUGCUGCAGCAGCAGAGCGGCUGUGGUCCCCCUAUGACAAUCUGGCUAAGGAUCCAAAGCAGGUUACUGGAAGGCUGGCUCACUUCAGGUGUUUGCUGAAUCAAAGGGGAAUUGCUGCUGCCCCAUUGGCUGGACCAGGCCGAGUUGCACCUGAAGAACCAGGCUCCUGCUACAAACAGUAGAAAGCUGAACAACAUUUGUUGGUUGGAACCUUGUGAGCGCUCUGAGACUUGAACGCUGCAGCUUGCACAAGAUUCCUUCUCAUUUAUGUAUUAGAUUUAGCAGAUCAAUUAUGUUCGUCCAGUCAACAAAGAAUGCUUUUGAAGAGUUUGGAAGAUCUAAUGUAAUAGCAAAAUAUUUUGAAAAUAACGAAUGCUCCUGAAGGAAUGCUGUAGUAGCAACAUUAUUGAAAAUGAAGAAUGUUACUAGUAAAACUCGAAAGGUUUUAAUAUAGUGACUUUAAAUUAA